CAGUGACGUUUUCAAACUAAUAUUCCAAAGGGAGCAUAAAACAUGGAAGAAAACAUUAGCCGUACAAACGAUCUCGAGCAAUGUUUCAAUGAGUUAAAGAACCUGUCGUUAACUUACAAGUUGGGUCCGGCACCGAGUACUUCGGGAGAUGAAAUUCGUAAUCCUCUCCAUAAACAAUUCGAGCUAAUAUUGUCGAAAAUUGAAGUUGUGCUGAAUAACGUAGUUAAAAACUCUGAAGAAUAUUUGCGGACGAUAUGCAUGAAGUCGUCAAUCCUGUACGAGAAGGCAAAAAUCCUUCUUUCCGAAAACCUCCUUGCAGAAGGUAACGAUAUGCUAGAAGAUAGUUUGAAGGUGAUAUCGGAUUAUUCUGAGCAUCCGCAAGUCCGUUUUUUGUACCUCAGAGUAAUGAAUCAUUGGACUUACGUCCUAUCUAGAAUCGGCCACCUUGAAAAGGCGAAAGAUGCUUUAACACAGAUAAUCGUAGACGAAAAUAAACAACCUGAAGUUUUUAGUACCGACGACUUAUUUUUAAAUACGAAAAAGGACCGACAAACAUCGCUGUUGAAAUUAAACAGGCUCACCAUAAACAAUAUGCAGUUACUAGCUUGGAUAUACGGAAAGUUGGGCGAUACGGAUGCCCACUUAAAAGCCCAACACGACAUUCUGCAGAGGCAACUCGAAUUUAACGAAGACGUCUUGAAAUGGGCGGAGUCCUGCUACAAACUCUCCGGGAUGUUUAUCGGAAACGGAGAUUGGGAAAACGCUAGAUACCAUUUGAGCGCGGCCGGAUCUGUAUUGAAGCCCCUCGAAAUAUCCUUUGUCCCCGUUCAAGACUUACACGCAGUUCAGGCAGAUAUCGCGCGUACUUGGAUUUAUUAUGGACUACAACUCUUCCAGACGAGUACCGAAAUUGAUUGGAAUAUGAAUAGCGAACCCGACGGCGUGGUCCAAGAUGGGGAUAAAGGGAUUGAACUCGCCCCAGCUGUUGCUAUUCCUAAACAAACAACGCUACACACUUUUAAAGACCUUCCGGUGGAAGUACAAGAAUCGGUUCCAACCGUUAUAAUUCGAACUUUAAGCCAUGCCAAAGCUCUGUUUGAGGCUACUUACAAAUGGAUAAAGAGAGCCCGGUUGUACUACUCGUUAAGGGAUUAUCCUCUUCAGUUUGUUAAUUUGGGUUUGGAUUUAAGUGAGUUAUAUAGGUUUUGGAGUGCGUAUGAGACGGACAUAGAUUCCCAGUAUAUGGUCCAGAAAAGGAGGUACGACGCACUUGAAACCCUAACCGCAAUAUUAAAAGAUGUGAGACCUAAUUGCUACGCGGCGCUCCUAAUCGAACUGACGAAAGAAAUUAUCGAAGUCCAAGUGGAAAUGAUGGGUUUGAAUUUGAAGAAAAUGUUCACGCCCACGGACGUUCCACAGAAACAUAUAAACGAAGAUCUUACGAAAAGACAAAUGAGCGCUUUUGCUUCAAUCCACUCCAAAUUAGAACACGCGUCUUCAUAUUUCGAAACAAACAGUCAGCUCGGUGAAACCGCCCGUUUAGAAAAGGAAAGUGAAUUAAGCGAAAGCUCCGAAAUCUCUAAAAAGAGCGAAAAUGAUAACGAAAACUGUAUAAAAUAA